AUGGUAUUCAAGAUAUCAUUAAAAUUGGAGUACAUGAAGGGAUCUAACUCAGCAUACACUGUUAUGAGAGUUCUAAGGGAUGAAGCCUUAGUGUCAGCAUACUAUUCUAAACUCAUUGAAGACCAAGACAAGGACUUGAUAUCAAGAAUGAUAGAUAAGGACGAGGAGGAAGAGGAGGAGUCAGAUCAGGAAGCUUCAAAUGGAAACAAUGAGGUCAACAGCCCAUUACCUAUGCAACAGUCUAAAAGCCUAGACCAUGAAAAUUUAGAGGCUGAUGGUGUGAAGCGAUCUCUUAUGGACCAAUUCUCCUCCUCUUGCAAGAAGGGCAAAACAGUUGCUGUUAAACAAGAGAAGAUUUAA